AUUUGCAACCUCUGCGGUCUGUACCGAGUUCGGUAUCUUCCUUCUCGUCUCGCCUCUCCAGCCGCGACGGCGCCGGCCUCCGCCGCGCCGCAUUCUUCCUCCUCCGGCGGCGGCGCAGACCGAAGCCGAGAUCGCGCGCGGGUGGAUGCCCUGGAUCUCUACCCCCUCCCCGACCUCGCGCCUCGAUCUUCGUAGGUAGGAGAGGGGCAGGGAGGAGAGAGGUGGGCCGCCUCGGGGUGCUCUCGAUUUCCUCGGCUCGAUCCCGCGUAUGCCGCCAUGGCCCUGCUCGCGCUGAACCGGCUCAUCUCCAUCCGGCGGGAGCGCCGUCGCCGGCGAAACAAAGCCCGCAAAGGAGGAUCAAUUACUAAAUCGGUGAGAAGGAAGUACUCACCCUGCCAACAAGAUGAUUCCCAGGGUGGUAAAAUGAUGACAAAUUCAGGGGUAACUCUUCCAGAGGACAUCUGGAGUUAUAUACUUUCCCUGAUGCCAAUGCGAGAUGCUGCCCGUGCUGCAUGUUUGUUUCGUGCCUUCCUACGAUCCUGGAGAUGUCAUCCCAACCUCACCUUUAACGAAGAUGCACUAGGAUUGAAUGAUAAUGCUUGUGAAACAGAUUUCACCAGCAAAGUUGACCACAUCCUUAAAAACCACUCGGGCAUUGGUGUGAAGAGAUUCAAGCUUUCAAUCCACUGCAAGUUAGAUAACUGUGAUUAUGUCGAUAGUUGGCUUCAGUUUGCCAUUACACCAGGGAUUGAAGAAAUCACAGUUAUGCUGUCUGGAAACAAGCCACAGUUCAACUUCCCAUGCUCACUUUUCUCUGACAAGAUUGCAUACUCAAUUCGGUGUCUUGAGCUUGGCAAUUGUGCCUUUCAUCCCACAAUUGAACUUGGCCCAUUAAGAAACCUCAAAAGGCUGCAUCUGUCUUGUGUUCGUAUUUCAGGGGAUGAGUUAGCAUGCCUCCUUUCCAACUCGUUUGUUUUGGAGCAGUUGGAACUCAAGUACUGCAAAAAGAUAGUCAGCCUUAAGAUGCCUUGUGUGCUGCAGCGGCUUAACUGCCUGAACGUUUUGGAAUGCAAGAGGGUUCAGGUGAUAGAGAGCAAAGCCCCUAACCUCUCCAGUUUUUCCUUUAGUGGAAACAAGGUAAAACUCUCACUUGUGGAAUCAUCGCAAGUGAAGAAUCUAUACAUGUGCAGUUCAAACAUCAUAUGUUAUGCUCGUUCAGAUCUUCCAUCCAUUGUGCCAAAUGUUGAAACUCUUGCCGUAGCUUCACACUGCGAGAUGGUCGACACACCAAUGCUACCAACCAAACUUCUGUACCUCAAGCAUCUGACUAUUUCUCUUUUUGCAUGGACCUUUUCUCGAGCCUAUGACUAUUUUUCUCUGGUUUCAUUUUUUGAUGCUUCUCCUUUGUUGGAGGUAUUCGUCUUGGAUAUAUAUCAGGAAAGCAUGGAGCAUGAAUCAAUCUUUGAGAGUUCCUCACAUCUAAGACAGAUGCCAGAAUAUCACCAUGAACACCUCAAGUCCGUGACGAUCAGCGGCUUCUGCUCCGCGAAGAGCUUGGUCGAGCUAACAUGCCAUAUUGUUGAGAACACAACGUCACUUGAGCGCCUUGAAUUGGACACCACUCAUGGCAAUGCUAGGUGUUCUGAAGACAGUUCUGAUGAAUGCUUUCCUGUGAGCCAGGGUGUUCUCACAGAAUCCCCUAGAGCAGUCUUGGCUAUCAGAGGAUACAUCGAGGGGAAAAUUCCCACCAAUGUGAAGUUAAAUGUGUUGGAACCAUGCAGCCGGUGCCAUGCUGGUGGUGGUUAGGCCACAAAUCCGUCGAGCUCACACUCACUGUUCGUCUCCCAUCUCGACGAUGAUCUUGCCGGUGGCGUGCCCCGCCAUGCUCCUGGCCCAGCCCUCCUCCGCCCUGCUCAGCGGGUGCCUCGACUCGAUCACCGCCCUGAGCUUCCCUUCCGCCACCAUGCCGGCGACGAGCUCCAUGUCCUCCUUCGUCGGCGACACGAACAGCGGCACCAGCCU